ACCUCAUAUCGGAGAGGAGGGAACGAUGGCCGACCGUAUGAGUGACAACCUGCUAUGGCUAUGCCUAGGCGUCUCGCUGUUCUUCGCCGUUCGCGGGAUCGUCACGGACCUCCGUCAAGUGCGCGAGUUGACGGAAAUUAAGCAUGUUGAAAGGGAAGAUAGGAUGAUUAGUGAAGGCACCGAAGAUGCGCUCAACCUAGACACGUUACAGAAACUCUCCGAGAGUACCAGCCAUGAUCUCCGAGCAGCUGCAUUGCGUAUCAUUGCAGAAAGAUCAACGAGAGGAGAAACUCGAGAUCUGCUUCUGCAAGAUCUUGUGAGCAAAGACAAAUUGCGACGGAAUAAGGCGCUUAAUGCAUUGUACUUUCUUGUUUCCAACCGUGCUCUAUCUCGCACCUCUGCCUGUUCCCGAUUGAAAGACCUUCCCGCUUAUACCGCGUUAAUCAACUGCCUUUGUAAUUUCCUCGACGAACAUACUGAAGAGACGGUAUCGACCGUAUCGCCAAUCCUCCCGAAAACAAGACCCCUGGGUGAGAAGAAAGCGUUAAACAUUCUCAAUAUCGUUUUACGAGAAAAUGUACCGGCCGCACUAGAAGCUGGUAUCGUCAGUCGCUGGCUUGCCAAAUACCCAUUUCCGUGUGCCACCGGAGAACAGCCACGACGCCAGGACGUGGUGAUCUUGAUGAAAACUUGGUGGUCGGAUGAUGCUGUGAUGAGUGCGAUAUUCGGCACCAUAUCUUCACAUGUGGAUGGUGCGAAGCAAUUGCGCAAAUACGGUCUAAUGGGCAGUAUGCUGGAGGAGAAUGAUCAGGAUGACUAUGACAGCGAUGUGUGGAUGGUGGAUGGUGAAGAUACUGCAGGCUCCUGGCGAGUAUCGGGGCCACGAAUUCAACAGAGAACCGCCGAGGAACAAGCUGUGAGAAGGCGCAGGCGAGAGGCAAUGGUCUUGAGUGAAGGAGGUCGUGCUUUCGGCAGUGAGGAUAUCAUACAACUACCAGUGACCGAGUGAUUCAUUGGGGAGAGAUGACAUUCUGGAAUACAGAAUACGGAAGCUGAAAAGGAAUAUACCGCAUGCUCAAGAUAAUCAUGAUACCCUUUGAGAUUCGGAAGGAGUAUGUCGUCACUCCAGUCAGAGACCCAUCCAAGCCGUUUUAGAAACAUGAUCGGCCUUCUUCCGGCUGCUUUUGACCAUCCCGAGCGCCUUCAAUUCCGACAAGGCCCUGUAGAACAAGGCCAUCACUGUCCUUUCAUCACAAC